UUUGCUGCUAACCGCCCUUCACCACUCCGCCAGCCCGUUGUUUUCGUUCCAGUGCUGGCCCCCAGUGCGUUUGCCGGAGACCGAUGCACGACCAUUGGACGCCUAUGGACCAGAGGCCCUUUGGCGGUGCCUCGCAAAACCUCUUACCCUAACACUUGCCCGUCGCGAAUCUGGCAUUGCAAAUCUUUUUCCCGAAUCCGAGAUGCUGUCCAUGCCGUCUACCUACUCCGCCUGAUCUCGGUGCCUGUUCACCUUGUUUUCCUCUUGUUCCCCCAGGUCCCCCGCCUCCAAACUGUCCUCCUGCAUUGGCCCCGCUCUAUUACGUAUAAAAUACUUUGCGUACAGAAAUCGAGGUCCGAAGAGCGGCUUGGCUUUCUACGGCGCCUCCCGAGCAAAAUUACCAAGGAAAUUGGCCAUUUUUCAUGGCGGUUCUAAGCAUUCGCCUUGUGUGGAGCGCCAAUGUCUAUCGGGCUAAAGCGAGAACCACUUCCAUCGCAAAAGCAAAAUGCCAACGCUGGUUGGCGCAUACGCCUGGAGAACACCCGGAACAUCCCUCCCAACCAUUAAAACCCCAAUGGCACCUUGCUUCCGACACUGUCGGGCUCGUCUACCUACUUUUGCUUCCGCAAUACCAUCAUCAUUUCCGUAGUGACUACUUUUUACCUCGACAGUGA